GUAUUUAUGCUGAUCUACAGUGCAGCGACUGGACUAAACUAUGUUUUGUCAAGUGGCUCUCUUUAGAUUUUCAUAUAUAAAACAAUAUGUUAAUACAAGUGUGAAUUCACUCUGUUACUCAUUAUUAUUUUCAGCGGUAAAAUAAAAGUUCCAUGGCGUUUACAAAUUUACUACUCCUUAUCGCAGUCAUAUUGUGUUUUUUGCAUGAUGUUCAUUCAGAUUGCGGAGGUACCAAAGCCGAUAUCGUUUUUAUAUUGGAUUCAAGUGGAAGUGUUGGAAAAGGAAAUUUUGAGAAAACAAAGGAGUUCUUUAAAACGAUGGUCGGUGGAUUUCAGAUCGGUCCAAAUAACGUGAGAAUGGCAUCAGUGACAUUUAGCACUAGAGUUCGCGACACGUUUCAAUUUAGUGAAUACAACUCUGUAGAAAGUCUAAGAAAUAGAGUUUUAAACAUUCCAUAUAAAAGUGGUGGAACCAAUACGCAGCUUGCACUUCAAUAUGCCCGGGAAACAAGCUUUAGCUAUGCUAGGUCAGGUGUAUCCAAAAUUGCCGUUGUAAUAACUGAUGGACGAUCAAAUAACGGACCUAAAACUUUGGACGAAGCCGAAAAAUUACGCAAUAGCGGCGUCAUAAUUUUCUCCGUAGGUGUUGGUUCUGGUGUGGAUAGAACUGAACUUGAAGGGAUGGCUUCUAAGUCUACUUACGUGUUUGAUGUAGCAACGUUUAACGCUCUGGAGUCUAUUAGAGAACGACUUACUAAAACAGCUUGUGAAGUGGUGAUUUCAUGUGGUGAUCCUGGGAAACCAACCAAUGGUGUCCGUAUCGGGGAAAAUUUCUCAAAAGGAAAGUCGGUAACCUACAGUUGUGAUAAGGACUACCAACUUCAUGGAUCGAGCACGAGGACAUGUCAGGAGAAUUCUGUCUGGUCCGGAAGUCUUCCUAAAUGUAUAUUUGUCAACGCAUGUGGAAGUAAUCCAUGUCAUCAUAACGGCACAUGUUUGAAUGGUGCCACCUACUCGUGCCAAUGUAAAACUGGAUAUAGUGGAGUAAAUUGUGAAAACGAUAUCCAGCCACCGGUUGUUCAUCGCUGUCCCUCCGACAUACAAGAGUUUUCAAGUUUACGAUUCCUAAACAUUACCUGGACGGGACCUAAUUUCACUGAUCCCUUUCAUCAUGAUGUUGAUGUGACAACGAAUUACCCGGAAAAUGGAUCCACCUUUUUCUGGGGGGACUACACUGCUGUAUAUACUGCUCUGAAGCCGUUCAAUGGUCUCCGAAGUGUAUGUACUUUUAACAUCAGCGUGCGGCCACAUCCGUGCCCGGAUCUUAACGUUCCCAUAAACGGGGCACUUGUCUGUAACGGUUGGAUGACAGAAUACACUCGCGUAUGCAUGGUUUUCUGCAGAAGAGGAACUAAGUUACAAAAAGGUCACGACUUCCGAACUAAAUACAUUUGUGGUGGGAGUGGAAAGUGGCUGCCAUCGAAAACCCUUCCAUAUUGUGGGGCGCUCAGGGGGCGUGUUCUUACAUUAGAUGACAGUAAAUAUUCUUUCCCUCAUUGUGAUGACGAAGAAAAGGACAAGAUGAGGGGAAAAUAUCUAGCUGUUCUCAAGAAAUCUUCCUUAAGAAGACUUUGCAAUAGAUAUGCAGACCUCUGUAAAAAGGAAAACGUUGAUGUUCAGUGCUGAGUUUACCAACUGUACUUAAAAAUGAUUGUAAAAAUAUACUAUUUGCAAGAAUAUUAACAAGGGUAAGGAAAACGAUUACAUGUCAUAAUUAUCAGUUUGAGAAAAAAACCCUCUACAUGUUUCAUAAUGGUUUUAUCAAAUAAUAUCUAUUAAUCUAUAAGUAUUGUAUAUAAAUGUAUAUGAUUUAUCAAAUACGACUUAUUUAAUAUUAUCUAUACAUGUACAUGUAUAUUGUAUGUGUACUCAUACAAUUUUACUUUUGUUUGAAUUGCAUUGUUUCGUUCUGUUUACCAAUGAAAUGUGUUAUAAACAUUAAGCUUUUAUUUAACAUGACAUAUAGAAUCAAUUGUUUUUUUAUUUUUGAAAUCUUUCCAGGGUCCGCUGUGUUCUUCACUUUUCAAUUUUAAUCUUGAAAUAAUCAUAGAAUAAAAAGAUUAAGGUUCAAUAGUUAUUAAAAAUAUUUUGAAUGUUGACAGAUUUUGAAAAUUGCGCAUUUGUUACGCAUACAAGUGUAUGCAUUGUAAUUUAAGGGCAGGGACUAUACAUUUACAAUAUCUACACUUUUUUGAAAAAUCAACUGCAAUGAAUGGAAGAAUAUGAUAUAAAAUAUUCUGCGUAUGAAAUCAACAUAAUGUGAUUACAUAACAAAUAUUAAUUAUCUGGUGUUAUUUCAUUUGAAUAGACCAAAUCUAUGGUCAAUCUUUGAUAUGGCUUUAGAUGUGUCAUAGAAUUAACCAAUGUCAACUUAUUACUUUUAUAUUAUAAUAAUAUAUGUAUGUCUAUAAACUAAAAUACACAAACAUUGUGUUUUAUUGUAUGAUCAACAUAUGAUAAACUCAUCAAUCAGUCAUUUAUACCAAUCACAUUAACUCACAAAUAAAGGCCCCUGGAAACACAAUUAUUUUCUCGAUGUACAUGUAUCUACC